AUGUCGAUUGGUCGGGUCCCAAUGCGGGGUCGGCAACCCUUGUUCUGGAGCGUUGCAUUCAUCUGCUGACUGGACAUGACGUAUGCGACACGGUUUUAGAACCAAGGCGAGUAUCGGUCGAUGGCAACGGAUGGCAGGAACUGGCGUGGCGCGGUGAACAUGAGUCGCAAGUAGAAGUAGGCGUUGGCGCGACGCGACGCGUCGAGCAGGCUACGUGCACCCAGACAAAAUUGAGCAAGGUCGCUGGCGGCGAUGCGCGGCUGUGCAGUGGAUGCAGGGCCUACUUUGCUUGGGCAGUGACACGCAUAAUCGGAUCACUUGA